CAAAUUUGAAUCCGGCAACCAAGUGAGGCUUGAACUGGAAACCGAGAGGUUCAUUGUUGGGCCUGAUAGCGGCGGCUGCAGGGAGAGAGCGCUCCUUCCAGGGAAGCUUCCCGGGUUCAGGGCGGGGGAAGGAAGCCGGAGGACAAGAGCUCGAGACGGGCGGGGAAGCUUCGCGGGUCACCUCGAGAGAAGUCUCGCUCCAUCUCCCUGGAGCUGGCCGAGAGGACUGGCCCCUGGGCUCCCUCUUUCUCUGCCAGUCUUUUAUAGGCAGAGGCUUUGUGAGUUUGGGAAGCUGCCUAAUUGCACAUUUUUAUUCUUCUUCUGUUCAGUCCCCGCAACCAAAGCUUCUUUCCCCACCACUUAGGCUCGUGAGGUUAGUUAUUCUUGGAGACACUGACUAGCCCAAGGUAGAGAUUUAAAGGAGGGGUUCUUAACCCGUGGGAUUCAGCAGGUUUGUGGAGUUGGGGGGGGAGGGAUUAUUAUUAUUAUCAUUUAUUUACCCUCUUCAUUUCCUUCCUGUUGUUUUGAAAACGGUCUUCAGGGAAGGGGAAUCUGAGGAAGGGUUCGCAGCUUUCAUCAAAUUCUGAAAGCGGUCUGUGCUUGUUGAAUCUUCCUUUUGAUAAGGGGCAGUAUUUUGUCCUAAUGUUUUGCGAAUACUUUGUUUGUAAUGAAUAUCUGACCUAUAUCUUGCUGGCUAGUGGUAGUUGACGUACUGAACAUCCCAUAUUACAGUUGGUGUUACCCAGUUAAGUAACUGGCUGUGACAGUGAAAGAGCUUUGGAGGGGAGUGUAAAGUGUUUUCGUUGGCUGUUUGGGACUAUAGAGCAAAACCAGAAAUGCAGGAAGGAAUACUUUGCCCUCUGGAUUUUGCUGCUGUUAUUUUUGUCUAAGUUUCCAGUAACCUGUGUAGGGCACAGAGAAGAAGAAGAAGAGUUUGGAUUUGAUAUCCCGCUUUAUCACUACAGUGGUGCCCCGCAAGACGAAUGCCUCGCAAGACGGAAAACCCGCUAGACGAAAGGGUUUUCCGUUUUCAAUGCGCUUCGCAGGACGAAUUUCCCUAUGGGCUUGCUUCGCAAGACGAAAAUGUCUUGCGAGUCUUGAGAUUUUUUUUUCCGCUUCCCCCCCCCUUUUUCUAAGCCGCUAAGCCUUUAAUAGCCUUUUAGCAGCUAAUCCGCUAAGCUGCUAAGCCUUUAAUAGCCGCUAAACCACUAAUAGCGCUAAGCCGCUAAUAGGGUUGCUUCGCAAGACGAAAAAACCGCUAGACGAAGAUACUCGCGGAACGGAUUAAUUUCGUCUUGCGAGGCACCACUAUACUUGAAGGAGUCUCAAAGCAGCUUACAAUCUCCUUUCCCUUUUCUCCCCCACAAGAAACACUCUGUGAAGUGAGUGGGGCUGAGAGACUUCAAAGAAGUGUGACUAGCCCAAGGUCACCCAGCAGCUGCAUGUGGAGGAGCGGAGACAUGAACCCAGUUCACCAGAUUACAAGUCUACCGCUCCUAACCACUACACCACACUCAGCAAGUGCAAAUUCAGUUCUUCAGUGUACAGGUGGGGAAAGGGAAGCAGCAUUCAGGAUAUGCCCUUGUGACUGUUUUCUUACUGGGCAGAACCUCUUUUAAGUUUAGUGUUUCUUUUUGCAGAGAGGCUGUUCCACAUCUGAGUUUUUGCAUCUUUUCCUUGAUCUUGCAGUUGUAAAGGAUGCCUAUCCGUGCCCAUUGUACCAUCUGCUCAGAUUUCUUUGAUAAUGAGAGGGAUGUGGCAGCUAUUCACUGUGGACAUACUUUCCACCAUUUAUGGUGAGUACUGUAUAAACAAAUGGCAAAAUUGGUGGAGGAAAGUUAUUUAAGAACCUAAGCAACUCUCUUUUUUUUUUUUACACAUCAACUUUUCAUUACAUCUUAUUUGUGAAAUAAUACUUGGAAACAUCUUAUUUUUUACUAUUUAUUCAUUAAGAGCAUUUUUAACCUGCCCUUGUUCAAAUGAUUCCAAGGCAGGUUACAAAGGGAGCAAAAAUAAGAGUAAGUGUAAGUAAAAUAUACAGAAUUUGAAAAAUCCAACAUGAAAACACAAUGUGUUAUAACAAUGAGCAAACAUCUGGGCAAAUAGAAGUUUCUAGCUGGCUCCCAAUUGUCAGCAAUAUUGGUGCCUGCCAUACUUCAGAGGAGUAGGCUAUUCUAUAAUAGGGGCACCUCCACAAAGGGUGCCAUAUCUCAUGCCACCGCAGGAUGGUGAGACAAUGAAAAGGGCCUGUUCCUCCAUAUCUAAGGGCCCAGGCAGGCUGAUAUUAUAGUUGUAGGUACAAUAGAAAGAAGCAUUAAGGCAAGUUUUUUUGUUGUUGGCUGGUGUCUUUGUGGUUUAGGAGGGGGGAUGGAUAUGUUGAUCAUCAAGAAACUGCAGUUAUAGAAACAGUGUGCUGGUUAGGAGUAGGACAAUAAUUUUUCUCUGCCUGAUAAAAUAGGUCUGUAACUCAUUUCCUCAGUUUGUUGUGUCCUGCUUUUCCUUCUGUGUCACGGAUGCCUGUCAAAAUAUUUGAGGACUGAAGGACCAGGUUCACAGUGGUACUGAGCCAUUUCUAGCUUAAUGCACUGUGUGCAUAUUUUGUGCUACAGUGGUGCCUCGGGUUACAGAUGCUUCAGGUUACAGACUCCGCUAACCCAGAAAUAGAACAUCGGGUUAAGAACUUUGCUUCAUGAUUAGAACAGAAAUCGCGCAGCAACAGGAGGCCCUAUUAGCUAAAGUAGUACCUCAGGUUAAGAACAGUUUCAGGUUAAGAACGGACCUCCAGAAUGAAUUAAGUUCUUAACCCGAGGUACCACUGUAUUUCCUAUAUUGAAGAUAUGUCCAAAUGAGUGUUUCAAGACAAACUCUAUAUAUUCCUAAGACAUAUCCAUAUCCUAUUCAUUUAUCACGAUUUGUAUCACUUUAUAAUCAUAUCACAAGCGAGCCUGCAUGCCUUGUACCACUCAUUGUCUACCAAGCUAAAUACUGUCCCAAUGGCAACGGCAAUAAUACUUAAGAUGUUCAGCACUGUGAUGUUGCAAACUGAAAUUUCAGCAAAACUGCUUUAUUUUAAAUGGGAGUUGAAAUGUGUGAAACUUGCAUGGAAAUAAAUCUCAGGGUAGUAAGUGUGCACAGGAUUGCAGCCCUGUGUAUUACAGGGUGUUGGCCUUGUGGCAGAAUUAAUUCUAAAACUGUCUGUCUCAAGACUAGAUGAGUUUUGUUUGUAACUGAUAAUACCUGCGUGUAGUGAGGUGAGCAUAUUCUCCAGAUAAUAUUCUCUACAAACUGUAAAUUCUAAUGUAAGAACCAAUUUUACAACCCACAUUUAAAAAACAUAGCAAAUAAUAAGUCAAGCUAUGAUAUUGCCAGUGUAAGUAAUGAAUAAUGAUUUUUUUGAACCAGUUACAUUACUGGGCAUUGUGUCAUUCACCAUUGACAGUUCUGAAAUGUGAGCUACAGAAAACAUUUUUAAAACAAAAUGCUAUUCAUUUAAUUUGAUGAACAUUUGAAUUCAUUUGUAUUUCAACUACUGUAUAUGUAAUAGCCUUUUUUCUAUUUUGGUGUGACCUUAUUUUUAGCAAUUUUAUACCCUUGGCCAUACAGUGUGCUUAUUAUUUUUUUACAGAAAGUAGCUUUAAUGCUUUAUAAACCUAAAGUAUCUAGGCCUAUACAAUUAUGUGUAACAGCAUGUGAGGUGGCCUUGAUUUAAACAGUUGACAUUUGUAUGUUUUUAUUUAAUGCCAAAAAAACUGGUUUUUGCAGUGCCAUUCAAUGGUACAAGGUGUCAUUUACCUGAGACUGACAUACUGAAAUAUGUUAUCAUAUAAUGAUAAUACAUUUAAUGUUAAUGGCUUCUUUUUUAUAUGCAUGCAUAUAGAUUUGUUUAUCAAGCUAUGUUUUAGUCACCAACACAGUUAUUAAGUGUUAGAGCUAUUAGAAGCACAAGAUAGCCUAUUACUGAAUUUACUUGUAUCAAACCUUAACAUGCCAAUUUUCAAUUUCAAGUUUGGUGCAAAAAAUCAAAGAAUGUGAAUUCACUGCAUUGCCCCAUUGAAUAAAAGUAUCUGUACAGUUUCUGGUUGCCAUCUGAACAAGUUUACCCAUGAAUAAACAUGUAUGUUAACUAAUUAUAUCAUUUUCAAUGCAUUAAAAUGAAUAUUCUCCUAUUUUAAAUGAGAAUUCUCUAAUAUUCUCAUUAAUUGAGAAUAUUCUCGAGAAUAUUCUCCAAAAGAUUAUUCUCGAGAAUUUAACAUCACUACCUGUGUGGUUCAUGUUAAGAAGCACCAUUUGUCAACAAUCACUUUGUCAUCUCUUCCCCUCUAGCCUCAUCCAGUGGUUUGACACAGCACCUAGUCGGACUUGUCCACAGUGCAGAAUCCAGGUGAGUCUUCAGCCUAUGCUCACUGAAAUAAUCUGUCAUAUUUCAUCGUCUUUACCAUAUGAGUACUUUGCCUUCCAAGGCUGAGGAGUUCUGUUUCAGUAAUGACCUGCCCAGACUGGGUGGAGGGGUGUGGUCAGAAGAGAACGAAAGACUACCCAAAUGAGAGAAGGUAACUCUGGAGAAGGGGCCCAUCAACCUUACUUCCUUGAAGCAUAAGGUCAUGAAAUUACUAUAAAGGUUUUAUGGGGGGGCACUCCUGCGCGCGCGCUCUCUCUCUCUCUCUCUCUCUCUAUGCUAUUGGAUUGAAUCUUACCAUUGCUUUGCUUUUACCAAAGCUUAGCAUGUACUGGGAAGUGUAAGCUAGAUCAUAUCUCUUCAGUUAGAAGGUUCAUUGCUUUCACUUUAAGUACUGUAAGUUCAGCAUUCAACUGAUUUAGAAUUCAUCUUUUAUUGGCAGAGGAUUUUGAUGGCCUCAGCACAGAGGUCCAAAUCUGGAGAAAGUUGAUUAUGUUUGGGGCCCACUAAAAUCAAUAGGACAAGUUAGCUGUGAUUGGUUGAUUGAUUGAUUUUCAGUUAAUUUCGGUGAGAUUUAUUUAUCUGUUUUAGAAUAUUUUAAUCUGACUUUAUAGCAUUGAGACACUCUCAAAGCAGCUUAGAAAAUAUUCUCGCAAUAAAAAUCACAUUCAGGUCUGGUAUCAGGAUUAGAAAUAACACGGUGUCUCCAUGGUGCCAGGGUUAUUCGGGUGGCAUUUCCUGCUCUGAUCCUUGGUGUUGCUCUUUGGUUUUUGCCUACUAAGCAGCAGCUUCCAUUUAUGUCCUCUGGGAGUGCGACUAAGCAGCUGGACCUCAAUGAGCCCAUGAUAGAGGAAGGUCUUCCAUUGCAGAUAGUCUUGAGUAUGAAUAGCUUUCUUCAGAUUCUUCUUCUGAGCCCCUUCUCUUUGAAAUUACUAAAUCUAAGCCACUAGCUAGCUAGCUGUACAAGUAGCUGCAGUUAGUUUUUGACUUCUGUUUCUUGAACAUCCCUUUGUGGAUAAUGGAAAUAGGAAUGGGGAUGCUGCAGAUACAAGGAAAAAUCAAAAGUCCUGCCGCGUAUACAUGAGCUGUUAUAUGUAAAUGAGCUUUUGGGAUGGUGGCCAUAAGUGUGGUGUACCCUGUUAAUACGGCAAUAAUUAGAGUCGAGACCUUUGGUAUUUGGCUGUUACAAUGUUAUUUAUUAGCUUCAAAGGAACACCAGUGUGCAGGUGCCAAGCUGCAUGUUGCCUUCUUAUUUGUCUUUUUCAGUCCUUGCCAGGUCUUAGCCCUUGUUGCUCUUCUGACUUGUUGAUUCCCUCUGUUCUUCGCCGCCUCUCGCAUCUUUGGGUUACCAUGGAGCUAUCGUGAAAUAACAUCUUAUGUAGCUGUAACUAUGCAAUUAGCUGGUGUCAUGACUGUAUAUAAUACUUAAAACACAAAGCGGUAGCUGCAUGGGGGAGGUGGAGAGAGCUAUGAAAUUCAAUUUCGGUAAUAUUUUUUUCCUCAUAAAGCAAGCAGCACGUACUUGGAUUUGGCACAGCGUGAGCUUAGCCUCAGCUGCUGAGCUAAAGCUGCCAGAGAACAAAUUGCACUUGCUUCCAAGGUGCUUGAAUUGUUUUGUCAAAAUUCCAAAAUUUUGUGCUGGAAUAAUGGCUCCACACUUGGAAAGUCUGUUACUGGAAUUCUGAGCCAAAGAAUUUCAUAGCGGCAGUAGCGAUGUGAAGUGCAUCAUAUGCUACAUUGCAAUAUGCUAGACAGGUCACAUUAAUAUCCCUUGCUGUGCCUGAUGCCCAACAGAACUGUCUUUCCUCCAAGCCCUGUGCUAUAGAAGAUGGUUUCUAGUAAACACAAGCAAUCAUCCUGAUUCAAGGUCAAGGGGUGUGUGGGUGUGGGUGUAUUAGAUUAGAUGUGUCUUCUGAAAUCUCAAUGUUUAUAUUGUCUUGAAACAUCAUUUCCCAUCUUAUUGCAACUGGCACCUCCUUUUUCACAGUCAUGUCCUUAUUCUUUCACAUGUUACGUGUAGGUUGGCAAAAGACACAUAAUCAACAAACUGUUCUUUGAUGUUGCCCUGGAGGAACAGACAGGACUGGAUGCAGAAAGUCUACAGGUAUGUAUGUGCAACAGCUUGCUCCCAUCAUCUAUGUUUAAAAAAAAAUCUUCCCUGUAAAUAUUUGCUGUCAUUGGCUAGGCAUAGGAUCAAAGGUGAAUCUGCUUCUGCACUUGUUUCUGCUUCUGGAGGCCCACCUCAGUUAGACUCUACAUGACCUCAGAUCUUCGGGUUUAAAAAUGCUUUCAUUUUAAGGGCAAGUUGACAUGAAAGGAAUUAUAUCAAUUUCUUCCAAUUUUCUGCCAUUCAGACUCCUUUCAAAGAGCAUGGCCUUCUUAAUUAUGUUUGUUUUUGUUAGCCUCUUCCUAUUAUCCUCGGAUAUUGUGCAGAUCAGGAGUAACACAGCUAUGUUAAAGUCUGGAGGCUGAAUGGAAUGUUGUUCUAGUUGCCUGUAGGAACGAGCGAAGAGAUGAUAGUUUGCAGUCUUUGCAAUGCUCAUUGGGUGGAAGCUGUUAAAAGAAUACGGUCUGUUUAUAGUCUUCAUCUGACAACUCGGCACAUAGUUACAUUUUUACUGUUCCUCAGUGUUAUCAGUUAGCUUGCUCUGUGAGAUCUUUUGAUCCACAAUAAGAGAAAGAGACAUUUAAAAAAUAAUACAAAAAUUAGAUUGCACAGUGUGUAUGGGUGUAGGAUAUAUAAUAAUGUUACAAGACUUGGAAAAACAUAGGCUAUAAUCUUAUGAUACAUACUGUGUUACGAAUAAAUAUUUAAGACAAGCUUCAUCUGGGAAGGUACAUCAAUUAUAGUGCAAUCCUAUAUGUGUUUACUUUGAAAUAAACCCAAUUAGGUUAGAACCAAUGGAACCUACUCUAAGGUGAAUGUCUGUGGGAUUGCAGCCUUAACGUGUUUGAGAUCACUACUGUGCUGGCAAUGAGAAAUCCUGAAUGCAAAAUCAUGGCGCUAAAGCGCUGUGUACUCUCAACAAUAAUUUAUCCUUGGCAAAAUGCUAUUUCCUCUGUAUCUUAGUCAUUUAAAAAGUCUCCAUUGACCUUGAUAUAAUAGGACUCUUCUACCCUCUUGUGUUUAAAGUUAGCAUGUGCUAUGGUUGUCAUAAUUAGAAUUUCCAUGACAACAAGUUUUGUGUCUGUGUGCCUAAUUCCCUGAUAUAGGUAACAGUUCCAUCAGAAAUAAAGCUGUCAUAUUCACAGAAAAGAGACUAAAAGCAACCUGAUAAAUGUGGUCAAUAAACAAGGUAGUUGCAUAGAUUCAAAAAUAACUUGAUGCACAUAAAAGCUCUCUUUAUAUUUACUAGGAUUUCUUUAAGCAUAUUAUUCAGUAGGUGCACUAUUCAACAAAGGAAAGUUAUUACAGAGAAGGAUGACUGAGAAUUAAAUGUGUUCCUGUCAUAGCAACAACAUAUCUUGAGUACCUUAAGUAACAGUUCAGCCAAUCGGCAAAGUGAAUACUGAAACACUUCUAAAAGAAAAUGGCUUAUGCUAGCACACCUAGAGAGCCAUAGAAAGCAUUAGUUCACUUGAAUGAAGCAGCAGUGGUUUGCCAGGUGUUACUCUUGAGCUGCAAAAUACUGAAAACCACAUUUUUUUUUCAGAGUAGGAUGGCAUGGCAAUAAAGAGAAACACCAUCUCUUGGUUUGCUUCCUGUUAUAACAUGAACAUUCUUGCCUAUAAGUUGGCAGCUGCUAAUAGUUAUUAGCAUAUAUAGCACUAAUGUUAGUUUUGUAUUGUGGAUGCUACAAGUCCAUGGAAUUGAGGGGGGUCAACUAUCUUGCUCCAAUAUUUAGAGGGGUAGAUGUGUUGGUCUGUUGCAGCAAUUGGUCUGUUGUGACACCUUAGACUGACAAAUUUAGUAUGGUAUAAGUUUUUUGUGGGCUAAAGUCCACUUAUUUGAGACCCUUUAAGGUGCCCCAAGUCUCUCAUUGCCCCCCCAACUUGUCACUGGCAUAAAUUUUUUAACCAUUAAUGUAUGUACAAAUAGCCCAUGCGUUGCCCAGUUUCCCUUAAAUAAAAAUGAUCCACAUUCUAAAUUAGUUAUGGGCUGGGGUACCACCAUAAAGGCUCCUUCUACCUUCACUGCUUCCUUUCUCUGCUUCCAAACUUAGCAUUCGCACCAGGUUUCUUCAUAAUUCCACAUAGCUGAUUUCCUUUCCCUGAUAUGCUUCCCGAACGUGAAAUGAACCCUGGGCUGCCUCUUUCGUUGCACUUUCUGGAUCCCAGUUGACUUGGUAGAGACCUCAUUCCCUUUCUUCUGUCACAUCAAACUUGGCAACACUUUCUCCUACAUGUUUUAUUCUAGGAUCAGCCCUUCCUCUUGUCCCAUUUUGAUAUAAAGGGAAAGGGACCCCUGACCGUUAGGUCCAGUCGUGGCCAACUCUGGGGUUGUGGCGCUCAUCUUGCUUUAUUGGCCGAGGGAGCCGGCGUACAGCUUCCGGAUCAUGUGGCCAGCAUGACUAAGCCACUUCUGGCGAACCAGAGCAGCGCACAGAAACGCCAUUUACCUUCCCGCUGGAGCGGUACCUAUUUAUCUACAUGCACUUCAUGCUUUCGAACUGCUAGGUUGGCAGGAGCAGGGACCGAGCAACAGGAGCUCACCCCGUCACGGGGAUUUGAACCGCCGACCUUCUGAUCGGAAAGCCCUAGGCUCUGUGGUUUAACACACGGCACCACCUGCGUCCCUCCCAUUUUAAUAUACCUCCAUGCAAAUGGAGGGCAGGCAUAAGCCCUCUUCAUCUCUGCCCUAAGCUUCCCUUAUCAACCUCCAGGCAGUCUACUGAGCUGCAUCAUUGAGAUUCCUAUAAAACACAUCUCUUCUUUACUUCAGUGGAAGAGAAAGGAAGCCUUAGUGUACAUAUUGCUGGUAUUGCUGUCAAAUAAGGGAAGAGGGAUACUUGGGCUUCUACCCUGCCCAUACAAGCUGUGUGUGUACAAUCAUAUUUCACUCCGUAUUAUGUUGUCAGCUUGUGUUUUCUAUUGAAUCAAUGCCUUCUGAUUUAUUUAUUUAGUUUCCUAACCAUUUUACUUCAACAACAUAUUUGCCAUGAGAUUCUAAUAAUCCAUACAAUAUACUGCAGUGCACCAUGAAUGACAUGCUGUUAGUUUGGUGACCUUAUUCAAUUAAUUAUUUUCUUAAAUUAAUAUAGACAUGAUGUCUUUGCAUGAAUAGUUUCAGUAACAUGCUGUGUUUGGUGGGGGGUGAGGGUGCUGUCAUACUACAUUUUACUCAAUGCCCAGCUUAUUGUCUGCUAUGUCCUGCAGGCCUAAUUCAGCCUUUAUGCUUUCUAGGGUUUGCAGACUCUCAUCAGAUUCCACCCCCCCACCUGAUAAAUCAGCUUUUCCUUUUUCUUUUUAAAGUAGAAAUAUGAGCAUGAAGUAGAUCCAUGUUGGCAUCAUUAAGUACUGUAAAUUCUGGCUAUAUGCCAUGCAUUUUAUUUUUUCAGUAUUAAAUACUGCCAGCUGUUACAUAGCUCCUUUGGGUGUUCAUUUGGCACCUCCUCAACCUACUUGGUGCCAGCCAGUUCAUUGCUGCCCUUUCAUCCAGCUGCUGUUCUGUGUCGCUAUCAAUUUCCAAGCUCAUUUGAAUGAGCAUUAAACAAGCUUUUGGUUUGACUCAUUGUGCCUCUAUCCAGAUGCAUUCAUAAAUUGCUUGUUGGACUCUGUCCAAACACUAGUUUUGUAACACUAUUGCACUCCAGCUAAUUAUCCAUUGAUUACAAAUAUUAGUUAAAAAUAUUUGGGACUCAAAUUCUUUCUGGCAGGAUCUGUGCUUGGCUGGCUUGUUAAGUUAAAAUAGUGUUGAAAUACUUCUUCGUUGUUGUUUUUCCCAUUUGAGAUUUCUAAAGCUGUUUGACAAAAGCAGUGUGAGAAAUAGUGGUAAGACAAUCGCUCUUGAUGUUUUUCAGUUCUGAGCUCCAGCCCUCUGCCCACUUCUAAAAUAAUCCUAGGAUAUAGGUUAUUAAUAAAGCUUCGACAGUUGUGACUAUUUUCUGUAUAACUUGGUCCGUGUGAGUGUGAAUAGUGUUUGGGUAGAUAUCCUAAAAUCACUCUGACACACCUUUUAAAUCUCUGAUGUGGGCUUGUAUGUUGUGCUGCCACCUAAUUUGUUUUUUUAUGUGUUAUAUUUCAGAAUGAACUGGAUAGGAUGAAAGCCCAGUUAGCCAUGAAAGGUGAGUUGAAAAAUAGAAGAGGAAGAGGUUUGCCCUUUAGUAAAGUAUUUAUGUGUCCCAGUAAAGUAUUAACUUUACUGAAGACUUUACUGAGAUACGGUUGGCGCUGUGGUCUAAACCACAGAGCCUAGGGCUUGCCGGUCAGAAGGUCGGCGGUUCGAAUCCCCGCGACGGGGUGAGCUCCCAUUUCUCUGUCCCAGCUCCUGCCAACCUAGCAGUUCGAAAGCACGUCAAAGUGCAAGUAGAUAAAUAGGUACUGCUCCCCCGGGAAGGUAAACGGCGUUUCCAUGCGCUGCUCUGGUUUCGCCAGAAACGGCUUAGUCAUGCUGGCCACAUGACCCGGAAAAACUGUCUGCAGGCAAACAUCAGCUCCCUCAGCCAGUAAAGCGAGAUGAGCGCUGCAACCCCAGUGUCAUCCGCGACUGGACUUAACUGUCAGGGGUCCUUUACCCUUUUAUUUUAUUUUUUAAGUAUUAACAAGCCUUGCAUGAUGACUUAAAGCUGUGUUUAAAACUGAAGAGUUAAGAUACUUCCCACUCACUCCACUCCAAACACAUAUAUACAUGAAAUGCUUUGGGUCACUUGUUGACCAGAGUUUAAAGACUCUGCUCAGCCACAGGGAUUUGGCAUGACACAGCUGAGCUUGGUGAAAAACUUCAGUGAGACUAUUCAGAUAAACUUAAGGUAAAUGCCUCCUUGUUACGAAACUUGUACCUGCCUAAUGUCAGUGGUUUUGUAGUGAAAAAUUGCAGAGGUGUUGCAUAUAAUUGAGAAGCCAAAUAGAAGUAGGAAACGGAGGAGGGGAGAGGAUUUUGUCAGCUAUCUGAAUGAUGGUCCAUGUGUCUGGUUGCUCAUGUGAUUCCAUUUCCCCAUUGCUUUAAAGAGCAUUAUAACUUUAAUUUUAGAAAUGCUUUAUGGAGACAGUUAAGUGAAAGCCUUGGAGACUUUGUUGAUGGCUUUUAAAGCAUUGUCUGUAGGCAGCUGUGAGUCAUAGGCAGUGAAGGGAAAAUGUCACUCAAAAUGAAUGACAGAAAUUCCAAAACAUGAGAAUACAGUAAAAUGAAGAGAUUUUAAAUGAGCAACCAGGGAGGGUUCUUCUGUUUCUAAUGAGCUGUCUUUUCCCAUUGGACUGUUUGCCUUCCUCGACAAUUACAAAUUAAGGAGCCAAAAAUAAGCUACAUCUCUCCCUGAGAUGAACAACUUCCCUCAUAGCUUGCAUACUGAGACAGGAGCAACUGCUAUAUUGAACCUGAGGGUGGCUUGUAGCACUGUACCUUGCUUGGUUAAGAAACACAUUGAAGCUUUGACACACUUUAGGUGCUCUUUGGAGGGGAAUAAAAGGUGAUUAUCUGCCUAAUCAGUUUUGCAGGCCUGCCAUAUCUCUAAUAUAAAUGUGUCUUUUAUGAAGUCUUGAUGGUCCUGUAACUUUUGCAGAUGCACAAACUGGGACAAUGUGUUUUGUUCCAGGAAUUAAACGAAGUAUGUUACAUUUAAAUUUCUUGCUCAGGGCGCAAAGUGUGGUGAAAGUAAAUAAGUUAGAAUAGGAAUGUAACAAUACAGUAACAUAAUUGUUCUGUGUGUCAUCGUUGUCACAGGAACAGCUGAAAUCUUGCCUAAGCAUGUACCCAGCACACAAGGGUUCACACCAAAAACAGAAUACAGAGUCUUUUAAAGUCAGACAUCAAAAUUUCAUGGUUUUGUAAAUGUUAUGUUUAUGAAUAAUGCUGACUCCCUGCACAGUACUUAAUUGUACCGGAGCUUGUUUUGAUGCUUGGGAGGGUGGGAGCUGAUGGCUACCAUAUUGGCAUUGCCAGCUGAACAGGUUCUGAAGAGAGCACGCUGUUACUCUUGUUCUAAACUUAAAGAAACCUUGAAGCUUAGUGGAGCUUGUAACAAGGAUUAUUUGAAGUGGCACAUGGUUCUCGCAGAACAGAUUCAGUAAUGGCCAUCCAAUAGUUCCAAGCAAUUUCUAGACCAAGGGUGGCUAAAUUGGAUCCCUCCAGAAGUUGCUGGACUACAGCUCCUGUCAUUCAUGAUCAUUGGCCACAGUGGCUGGAGCUGAUAAUAGUUGGAGCCCUAACAGCAACUGGAGGGCCACAGGUUAGCCACCCCUGUUUUAUGCCUUUGAAAGUUCCCCUUGCUUUGCUUGUUGUUCGUCACGUUCCUGCCCCAAGUCCAAAGACCUAAAGAACUUGGGGAGAUUUGUUUAAAGCACUGUAAUUGUGUUUUGUUUUGUUUUUUGUUUCAGAGAAGGAGAAACGGGAUAUCCAAAGUAUUGUGAAUUCACUAAGGGAGACCCUGGAUUUGCGUAAUGCCACCAUUGAAUCACUCCAGAAAUCUGUGACUCAGAUGACAAUGUUGUGUGCUACUCUCAAGGUAUGUUCAAAAUGGUCUGGGUCUGUACUGUAAUAUGAUAAGAUUCUCUUCUGGUUACCAUAUAUCUGAAGGUAAAAAGAAGAAGAAGUGUGAGAUUGUGUGUUUGCGUAUAAGAUGACAUCGUACUGUAAAAUCAUUUAACCUUCCUGAUUUCAACCAUACACAGUUGAAGGUGAGCUGAUUGGAAUGGUGGGACUUAAAUCCAAGUAAGGUGAAGUGCUUACAACCCCCUUUCAUGCCAGGUUUUCCCAGUGCAGAAAGAGUUUUUAAGCUCUCUGCCUUGGUUGGGGGGCCCAAUGCGUGCUCAGUGCACUGGCUUGCAUGGAGGCAGUUUGAGUAUAUGUACUUCCAUGUAUACAUUGAACCCUUGAAAAUGAGCCACCACAUAGGAUGUGAUUGUCCUGUAUCUUAAAUACAUCUCAUGGUAUGACUUGAAAGUUUUAAUGUACAACAUCCAGCAUCCUAAGGUAAAAAGUCCUUUUAGACUUAGCAGGGGAGACAAAAGAUGAAGCAAGUAUAAACCAGGCAGGUGAGACUUCCAUCGUGGAGUACCAGAUGAUUCUAAAUCUAAGGUUUUGGCAUUUGCUUCCCUUUGCCUUUAUCUUAUAAAAGCCCAAAUGCAGGAUGUAACACUUUCUUGAUUUUGCUGGUUUGGUGUUCGCUCAGGUUUGGGAAAACAGGCUGCUUGGCAGGUGAGGCUGGCUUGGCCCAAUCACCUGAUGUCAUGUAUGAUGUUAGAUGUGAUCAAGUAACUAGACAGCUGGGCCAUAAGGACUUCUGAAAUGCUUUAGAAACUCUGGGCACAAGGCCCAACAAUUGGGAUUUAUGGUGCUUCAGAAGCACUAUAAAUCAGAAGCCCCACAUGCAGUGCUUCUGAAGUGCCAACAGUCGACAGAUCAUUGGGACUUCAAAGCACAGCACUGUACUCCUUACAAGCCUCUUGCAAAGAGCCCAUUGUCAGGGCAUCAAAGAGUUUCAUAGCCUGACGUCAAACGGGCCUAGAGGCGGUAGGGGAUCAGAAACUGGCCUUCCGGCCAAAUGCAUUUCUCUACCCUGUGCUAAACUGUCCCUAUAAAAAAGUGACAUUCGUGCUUAUCGAGGGGUUGAAAUGGGAAGAAAGUAUGUACGUCACCAGUGUUCUGCACUAGCAUGUAAAAGUAGCUGUAGUGAGUCUGGUCUGUUUUGAGAAUGAAUAUCUCCUCCCGCAUUGCUUAGGAAUACAACCAAGUGGGAUUUGGGAGGGUCCACCUCUGUGUGUGUGGAUAAAUGAUAGGAUAUAGAUGUGAUAAAGAACCUUAUAGUUAUUCCCUCUCUUUUCUCUAUCUUGGUUUUUUAUUCUUGUUCUGCAGACUAGGCUGAUUUUAAUGGUAUUUUAUGCCAAAAAUUUUCAUUUAUUUUUUUUAAGGAAUACGACCUUGGCAUCUGCUGAAGACAAAUGUUUGUUGAUUUGGUUUUAGACUACUAGCCACAUCCUCUUCCAUCCCAUCCAAAAAUAAUGCCCAAGUAAAUUGAUUUUUACCAUAAUUCCUGAUAUGAUGUCCUCAUGAGUGAUAGGUCCAUGGGUCAAAUAUUAUGCCUUGAGAAAAGAGACUAUAAUAUUUUCUCAAAUAUUAUGCCUUGAGAAAAGAGGCUAAGCUGAAAACACAGUUUGGCUGUUUUAAGUGAGAACUUCCAUGUCAAGAUGCGUUUCUGGAAAUGAUGUGAGUUAGAUGGGUUAUAACGACUUGUUUCUGCCUUUUAGAUCUCUGUUGAUAUGAAUGCAGUUUCAUGAGUUGGCAAGCGGAAAAGGGUUGUUUCUCUUGGUGCUCAACAGAUGUCGCAUUUUAGGCUGCACUUUUAACGUGACAUGAUCAGAAGGAAGCUGAGAUACACAAAUCAUCCAUGCUAUCUUUUCAUUGCUCUUCCAUAUUCUGACUUCUCCCAGGACAGUUGAUGUUUCAGUGAAGUGUACUUUAUUCGGUGCUUUUUCUAAUCAUGCAGACCCUGCAGCUGCUCUAAGACACUGGGGCUAAGCCUAUUAAUUAUAUAAUCUGAGGCAACCGCACCCCACCCCAGAUUUGGAGACAGCUUUCAAACUUUGUAUGCAUUUUCUGUCUAGAGCUUAGAAUUUCUUCCCAAUUCUGAAAAACAGAAUUGCAACUGAAGCUGUCUCCAAGCAUGCUAUCAAUGUGUGGCAAGUGCCAAACGGGUGUGCUUUUCUUUUCUUUCUUGGCUGUGCUGGAGAAAGCCUCUCUAGCAACAGCAGAAGCUAAAUCCACUGUGCCCUUCCUGUUCUGGCCCUUAAAUGCAUUAGCAUUACCAGCUAGAUGCUGCUGAGGAGUUAAAAAGCUAAAAUGGAAGCUUUGGGAAGAGUUGUCAAAACUGGGGAUUAACGAAGACUGAGUGAGCUCUCAUCAGCCAGCCAGCAUUUUAGGCAUUCAUUUCUGUAAGUACAUGAGGUAGGGAAGUAGUAUGUUGGCAAAUACAUCUAGAAUAUUUCACCUUCUGUAUGGAGUAAAGCUUAAUAUCAUCUUGUAGAUAUUCUGGUCUUUGACCAGUCUUUUCUCUGAAGUAUGAUCAAACAGCAUUGCUUCUUCCCUAGCUUUCAGUUCAGAGGGAAAGUAGGCAGCAUCCUUUGAAGUUUGUGCCAAGCUGACCAACCCAAUCAAAGCCUAGAAAUCACAAGUGUAUUGAAGGAGGUUUAUUUUCUUUAAAUCUGCUGAGGAAGCUUCCUAAACACACACUGCAUUGAUCCUGUGCAGGUCACUCUAUAUUCAAGGAAGCUGUGCAUUUUAAUAUAAGUAUAGAAGCUGUUACAAUAUGAUGAUGGUUAAAGUGGGGUAGACUUUCAGUGGUGGUCUCAUGAGAGCAGAGUAAAAUGAAAGGAAGGAAUUUGUGAGAUAUUUUCCUGCUCACAAAAGAGAAAUCAUGAUAUUGUACAAGUUUGUUUCUAUCAUGUUGCACUUAAAUUAGACCACAUGCAUGAUACAGUUAUCUACAGAUCAUAAACAAGUUGCCAUGAAGCAUUCAUGUGGCACUUAAAAAAAAUGCAUUGCAAGAGUGGAAACAAGAAGUAUUUAAGGGGGAAUGUUUUUUUCCUGGAAUUAAGUACUUCUCUCAUUUGUAAGCAAUGACCUCAAUCUGUAAAUAUUAUUAUUAGAUAAGUUAUGAUCCAUGGAUAUGCCAGACACCUGAAAUGUAGACUGUGGGCUAUUGAAGUAGCAAGAGCUUUGGAAAUGGCUUGAUGUUAAGUCCAAAUUUUGCUUCCAUGGGGAUUCCUCUUAAACAAAAAUAGUGCUUUUUUCCUCAGAAACAAAUGAAGUAUCUGGAGCAACAGCAAGAUGAUGCGAAGAGUGCAAAAGAGGAGGCCCGAAGGCUGAGAAACAGACUGAAAACAUUGGAGGGGUGAGAAAACAAGCUUUGGCUCUAUACAUACAUCUUCUGGUUCUGUUAGCAGACUGCUCAGCAACCUCACAUUUCUAGAAGACAUCAUUGGACCAGAAGACCUUUGAGGCCUCUUCCAACUCUGAGUCUGUAACUUUGCAGUAGAAACACUUAUUGUAUUUACUCCUGUAAUGCACACCUGUUUUGCCAAAUAUGUUGCAAAAAUUAGGGUGUGCAUUAGAUUCGAGUGCGCAUUACAUUCAAGAAAAUACAGUUCUUAGGAUUUCAGGGCACACUAGCAUGCAGUGUCUUAGGUCUCCCGUGACCCAGCCUUCCUCUUGAAUUUAAUCUUUCUGGGGAGGGCAAAAGAUUUGCAGUGAUUUGUCAGGGGAUACUCUCCCUUCCUUUUUGGCUUAAGGUGGCGGGAGGGGGGGAGUGAAGUAAGCAGCAGCAGUAAGAAGGAGCUGGCAGCCUGCAUGUGUGUAGAGCCUUGGCCACCCUGUUUCCUGGUCUUCUGCUCCCUGAACCCAGUGGCAGUCCUUACUGCUCUGCUCCUCCUUCUCAACUCCUUCAUCUCUCCCUCUUACUCUUUCUCGCUCUCCAGCCCAGAUCACGGCUACUCUCCUUCUUUGUUCCGUCCUUCCUCUUUUUCCUUCCUUCCUUCCUUCCUUCCGCCUGUAUCCGCCUCUCCUUUCCAUUCCGGACACCCUUGAGGGUCAAAGGUUCUGCUCUGCCUUGCACCAGCUAAUCAGAGAGAAGGGAAGAGGGAUCAGAUGGAAGAAGGAAUGUAAUGUGCACCUUUCUUUGCCAAAUUACAUCACAAAAAUUAGAUUCAAUGGCCCAUUACAUUCGAGUAAAUACGGUAAGUGUUUCCAACAUGAGCCUUGCCCCUUUAUCAUGUGCUUGUCUGAUAAUAAUUGAUGCUCAACUUUCUUACAAAUGGCCAUGUUUCUGAGUUUGUUUGCUAGAGGAAAUUUAAUACUGGUAACUCCUGAUUUUGUUAUUUAUAAUAUUUACAUACCAUCUAAUAUGUGAAAUCACCAAGUGGUUUACAUAAAAUACAGUAAGAUCAUUUGGGGUGGAGGGGGGAAUGCAGCAGUAUAAUUCCCAUUCAACUGAAGCACACUAGUGUGCAUAUGAAUCCAGCUAUGUUGGGGGGGAAAUCAUUGCUAGUGUGAAAUACAGGAUGCGUCUCUUCCAGGAUUAACUGUUUCUGUGUUUUUAUAACAUGGACAAGCUGCCACUGAACAAAAAGCAACAACCCACCUGUAAUCUACCUUCCUUCGUACCAGGAUUGAGACACUGCUGCAAAGUCAACGUCCCGAGGUAGAAAAGAUGAUCCGUGAAAUGGGAACAGGUCAGGCCGCAGUGGAACAGCUUGCCGUCUAUUGUAUCUCACUGAAAAAGUAGGUGUAUUAAAUGCAGUAGCUUAUUGACUUGGAUUGGGUUUGUGUGGUACCCCCUAAAGGAAUCGGUGGAAAAGUUAAUCACAAUAGGUGCUCUGGCAGAACGCUAGUUGCAAUGCUAAGCCUUGGUGAAUAUAAUUGAGGUGGCAUAGAUGGAAGAUUUCAACACUGCAAGUAUGCUAUUGUUGCAUUAGUGACACAUCCAUUGCUAUGGAAACCACCUUCAGAGCUUUGCCAGAGUGCUCAGGAGGUGAUUGUUUGAUGAGAACGGAGGGGAUGAAUUAUUGUCAUGAUUCUGAGUAAGGCAGCAUGGCCCCUGAAUAUCUCCCUGGUGCUGAGCAGAGUGCUUUACACUGCUGUGACAUUAAGUAUGCUGUAGUCGCCAGUCCCUACUGUGUGCACUAGAGGCCUUUUUAUUUAUACCGUUUAUAAUUCACAGCUUGUGCAGGCAAUGUCAGAUAGCAAAUGGGUAAUCACAACUUUUAAUAAUGAGCUACCAGCGUGAAGUGUACCUGCAUUGUAAUCAGUAACUUCAGCACUGUUUUAUAAUAGCAUUAAAUUGCUUUUAGAACCUUGAACUUAAAAAUAAAAAUUGAAUUGUUGCAUCUCAUUUCAUUAAUGAGAAUGUAAAAUACUGCACACGACUCAAGAUUGUUUAAACAUCCUAUGCAUUUUGACAUGGAAUAUUCUCUUCUGCCAUUCUGCUGCUUGUCCUGGCCCAAACCAAGUAGUGCUGUUCCCCUGAAAGCAUGUUUUCUCGCCUACGCUGUAGUGUAUCAGUGUUUUAACACUGUUCAAGUCAGUGUUGGCUUGUUCAGUGCUGUCUUCUCCCUGGAAGUUCUUGUAUAUAUAACAGAAACUUCUGCAGGCACUUAAGCUGUGAAACGAAAAUCUUCAGUCUAAAUUUGGUUAUUGGCUUUAUCUAAGAGCUGUUUGCUUGAAAGCAUGUUCAACAGAUGGACUAAUUUGGGCCCUCUCCAGGGAAUAUGAAAAUCUGAAGGAGUCUCAGAAAGCAUCAAACGAUACAAAAGAGAAGCUGAGAAAGGAGUUGUUUUCUGCUAAUCACAAGGUAAAAGAUGUGUUGGUGCUCUUGCAGACACGUUACAGAGGUAUUUAUGUGCAGCUCUUCAUCAGUAACGCUACCGAAAUAAAGCAAAAUACGUUUUAAUUAGGUAUGUAUUUGUUUAACACAAUUCCUGUCCCAGCACUUACAUUGACCAUGUUGGCCGCUAUCUUAAGCUGAGAAGUUCAGCUGUAGGUUCCCUAAGAUUCCUCAAUAUGUCUGCAUAACAUUUAUUAGUCUGCCUCAGUAUUCUUUCUGCUUCUGCAUAACAAGAAUUGAAAAAAACUCCUAAUAAAGCAUCGUGUUAUACAUAUAUAACUGCACAAGGACAGUUUAUAGUUUUAAAGUCAAAAUGCACAACUGUCUCUUGAAAAUCCCUCUGGAUUAAUAUCAGGAAGGGUCUUAAUUUGUACUGUAAACACAGGUGUAGGGAGGAAGGGUGGGAGAGGGUUUCUCUCUUGAGAAUAUACUGGGAAUGGCAAGAGUUUAUUGUACCUUUAUUAUAAAUGCCUACUUACAAGCACACUGAAUUACUUUGAGCAAACUAGUACAGUGGUAUCUCGGGUUAAGUAUUUAAUUCGUUCCGGAGGUCUGUUCUUAACCUGAAGCACCACUUUAGCUAAUGGGGCCUGCUGCUGCUGCCGCACCACCAGAGCACGAUUUCUGUUCUCAUCCUGAAGCAAAGUUCUAAACCCGAGGUACUAUUUCUGGGUUAGCAGAGUCUGUAACCUGAAGCAUAUGUAACCUGAGGUAACACUGUACCGCUGCCCUCAGCAGCUUCUCAUUGACACCUGAAGAGAUGAGCCACAUUGGAGCUCCCUCUGCAGGAGCCUUGAAAGAAUAAGAAUCUGUUUCCAUUUAGGACAUCUUUAUUUACAAUAGAGUAAAUUAUUUUAUCCUGAAGUCUAAGAAUGUGCAUUUGUAAAACAUAAACCACUGUAGUUUUUUUGAGCACUUAGAAGCUUGAUGUACUGUUGUAUCCCAUCAUGUACUAGACUUCCAACAUAGUUUUAAAUCUAUAGUUACAGAAGACAGUUCUAGAGUUGGAGAAAACAACAGAAGAGGUGAAGAGCACCCAGGCUGAUCUGAGAAAUGCAGAUAAUGAGAUAAUGGUGAGAACCUUCUUUUAACCUGCUGAUAAUUAUUGUGGCCCUACAGCCUUUGUAGUGUAUAGUCCAAAUACUGUUCUAAAAUCUACCCUGAUUAAAAAUGGCUGGGAGGCAUCCUCAACUUCAAGAUGCCUGUAUCUUUGCAAGAGGGGAUGUAGAAAUCUUGGCUUUUGGUAGGAUUUCUGACAUGUAUUAAUUGCUGCUCUUUCUUUCCACAGAGUUUGAAAAAGAAGAUAAGAGUGAUGCAAGAUACCAUUAAAGUGUCAUCAUUAAGCAAUGAAGCACUUGGCCGGCUUGUCUCUGAAAGGUUGGUUUAGAGAAAUUCAGUGUCUAUUGAUGUAGCAGAGUUACUGUACCAAAGAUUUUGUCCAAUAUAAGCAUUUCACACCUUCCUGAGCUGUCCAAAAGUACAUCAUAAGAUGCCUUACAUAUAGUCAGGCUAUUUGUCCAACUAGCCCAGUACUGCCUACUGUGACUGGGAGUGGUUCUCCAGGGUCUUUCCCACCACCUGUCAUCUCCAACUCCUCAAAAGAUUCCAUCAACGCUGUCUACGAAAAAUUUUACACAUCACUUGGGAAGACAGGCGAACUAAUAUCAGGGUACUGGAAAAAGCAAAGAUCACCAGUCUUGAAGCAAUGAUUCUUCAACAUCAACUUUGUUAGACUGGUCAUGUUGUGCGGAUGCCUGAAGAUCGUCUUCCAAAGCAACUACUCUAUUCCAGACUUAAAAAUGGAAAGCGUAAUGCUGGUGGUCAACAAUAGAGGUUUAAAGACUGUCUCAAGGCAAAUCUUUAAAAAUGUAGUAUAAACACUGACAACUGGGAAACACUGGCCUGCGAGCGCUCCAGUUGGAGAACAGCCUUUACCAAAGAUGCCAUGGGUUUUGAAGACACUCAAACUCAGGACGCAAGGGAGAAAUGUCUUAAGAAGAAGGCAUGCUUGGCAAAUCCACACCGUGAUCAACUCCCACCAGGAAACCAAUGUCCCCACUAUGGAAGGAUGUGUGAAUCCAGAAUUGGCCUCCACAGUCACUUACGGACUCACUAUUAAAACCGUGUUUAUGGAAGACAAUCUUACUCGGCUACGAGUGAUCGCCAAAGAAGAAAGAAGAAGAUUAUAUCAAACAGUAACCUAACCUUCCUAUAUAAAUGUAGGGCUUCCUGUAACAGGCCAGUUUUACAGUACACUAACAUGAAUGGGAUGUGAAGACCCCAGGCAACCUGCCAGUCAUUUUGGUAAUUUUGAACACUUUGCACAUGUUGCUAGAAAGCAGAAGGAAGUUCUCUCUCUGAAUUUAGUUCUACUGUAUCCGUAUUAUAUACUGUCAUUGCCUUCCACCAUCAGGAAUGAGUACCAAUAGGAAGCUAGUAUUUAGAUGGUACAGCAUGUGGUGUGGGCUGGAAACUGAGACAGUUACCUGUCUGACAGUGUAAUGUUGUGUUGUGAUAUUUGUACAAUUUUGCCUUACAGCCCUGCUCCUUUAGAAUUGUUAACCCCAAAGCUCCAUCGACCAGCUCACAGUGAUGAGAUUGACCUGAAUGAUACUUUUGAUGUACAGACACCAAAGAAUGAUACCUUUGAUGUACAGACACCAAAGCAUCCACCUCACAAGAGCAUCUCUGCUCCUGCAAAAAAACUUAAACUGGAUAAAAAGUUGUGAGUCACAGUUGCUUCCCUUUUUACUGGGUGUAUGUUGUGCUCUUGAUCUGUCUGGUAUUCUCACUUCUGCAUGCACUGUAAGCAAUUUUCCAGCCAUCUUAAUACUUUUAAUUUGUAUACUGCCUUUCUAUAUUACUAUACAGAAGGCAGUUUACAAGCUGAAGAAAUAACAAAUUGUACAACAAAGAUCACAUUUUGUUCUCAUUGCUUUUGAUGGAAAUAUCUCAUUUUAAAGCUUUUGUUCACUGCAGAAGACUGUCACAACAUAUCUUACCUGUUGUGAGAGUAAAGUGAGACUUUGCCCCCAAAGUUUUGUCCAUGAUCUUUCUCAAAUAUCUCAUUGAAAAGUCUCAAUAACUAGGUGCUACUCUAACAGGGUAAUUCCUAACCUGCAUGCUUGCAAUCUAAGACAGACAGACAACCACUUCAGGAAGAGGAAGGGAGAGCACAAACCCAAGCUACAUAAUUUGCGUAAUAAGGAAACUUUAGUUUGUAGAUUUCUUAAAUAAGCACCCCUCAUUUGUGUUACUUCUAACAAGUGCUUUAUCUCUGCUCCUGUUGAAUCCUAGAGAUAAUGAAGAAUGACUUUCCUACUUAUAUAAAGACUUUGGGGUAGGGUAGGGAUGGGAACCUCAGGUGCAGGGGUCAAAUGUGGCUCUCCAAGCCUCUCUCUGGCCCUUGGGACUCUCCUCAGCCACACACCCUCACCAGACCUGCUUCACAUCCUCCUUGUGCCGUUCUGCCUGGCUGGAAUGUGCCCUUGCACUCUGAUAAUGCCUCUUGCUUUUGUCUGGAUGGAAGAUAAGAGAAGGAUAUAUACAAACUAGUGUAGUGUACAAAGGUAAUAAUUACAUUUGUUACUUUGCCCACUUUUUCUGGCCCCACCCACCACUGGCAUGGUGGCCCCUAGAAAGAAUACGGCCGUCUGGCUGAAAAAGGUUCCCCAUCCCUGAGUUAGGGCUUCAGCGAAAUGAUAACAAUGGCAGUGAGGCAAAAGUAAUGAAAGAUCUACCACGUUUGCCUGUUGAUCAGACCAGAGGCUUUUAUCUUAGUGGUCAGAACAGAGAGAAGGGAGGAGAAGAGAACAUUAUAGUUGCAUUUUAUUAUUAUUUUAAUUGAGAAGCCUAUACUUUUGUAGUAUGUCCACUGCUAACAGCUGCUGGGAGUCAUAGUCCAUAGGCUACCAGGUUGGCAAAGCCUGUUUUAGGUGUUGGCUUAUGAUCUGGGCCACAUUGUGAAAAUUCAUGUAUGAAUUCAAACUGGUGCCUCCAACUCUAAAGGGAUAUAUUGAGCAAUUUACUACUUUGUGGUGUGUAAUCUAAAUUGUGUGUGGGUUUGUUUGUUUUUUCCAGUGCACCUGUGACAAGUUUAUCAAGAGUUCUGAAAGAAACAGUGGAGGUAUUGUAACGGAUAACCUGAGUAGCAACUAUAACCUCUUCAAUCCACUGUCUUUAGAGCUAUUUUGAAAGCCAUCUUUUCUCUAGACAGCCAAAUUCUGCAUGGAUUUUAAAGUAAUACAUUUUUCUGUGUUAUAGAAAAUAGUAAAUAUUACAGUUAACCCUGAGAGGUGUGCGAGAGUCAGCUUCCCACUGCUAUGUAUUCUGAAUUAUCUGGGGCAGGGUGUCCGUACUGUGUUGUCAUCUGUUGAUCUAUCAGCUGGCACCAGAGCCCAGUGACUUUCAAACUUCCAUUCCUCUCUAAGAAUGUUUUAAAAAUCUGCGUUUGCAGAAACAACCAUUUCCUUUCGCACAAUACUGUAGAUGGAUUACAUGGAUUCUAUUAGUGCUGCUUGUGUUUGGUUGCAAAUAUGAGUAUUUUAGUUUAACUCUCCUACUUCUUCAAAUACGGUUCAGAGCUGCUCAGCUGACACAGAUGAUGAGCAUCUGGAAGAUCUUCUGCCUGCUUUCAUUAGAAACUCUGUUAUGUCCAAGAGGCCACCUGCAAGCAACAUGCUUGUACCACAAAGGAACACAGGAAUAGUGAGUACAAGUGGGAUGUGCAUCAGAGUUUUGCAGUGUGGAGUGUUCCUGCUUAAUCUGCCAACCAGCAGCCAGCAAAACCCUGUUCCUGGACAUGCCUUCUCAUGUCCUCGUCUACAAAUCUUACAAAUUCAAUAUGCUCUGUGCUUUUUAUUGCUAGUGGACCUGCUUAGACACCUGAUCAUGCAGCACAUACUUAGCAUAUUCUGAUCACCAAAUCCUCUAGUGUGUUAUGUGCCCUUUUACCCACUCCAAUCCUUUUUCUAUUUCAUAACAACUUCCUCCAUGGGAGUCAUAUGCUUUUGCAUUUUUAACUACUGGAUUCUCUUCCUUGUAGGUGAGAACUGGGUAUGAUGGCUUAGGAGGCAGAACCAAAUUCAUUCAGCCUGUAUCCUUUCCUAAGAUCUGUCCUGCAGAAGCUAUGCUGAUAUCCAGUGGCACUGAAUCUAUGGUGAUCAAUGACACAAAAGACUAAGAAGAAACAGUGGCAUUUACUAAGCCAUCAGGCAAUGUUCCAGUUGGAACAGUGACAUUCUGGCUUAAAUUCAAAGUGAGGAGAAGCCGAAAUAAUGAAAUAUAUUUGGGGAAUAUAUCCCUCUAGAAUCAAUCAGAAUAUACAUUGUAUGAGUUCUUGGCUACAGUGUUCUACAUUUACAGUCAUUCCUUGGUUUUCAAACAGCCUAGUUCUCAAAUGUUUUGGCUCCUGGACGAUUGAAACUCGGAAGUGACUGUUCCGGUUUUCGAACAUUCUUUUGGAAGCCAAACAUCCGACAGGGCUUCCGCGGCUUCCAAUUGGCUGCAGGAGCUUCCUGCAGCCAAUCAGAAGUUGUGCUUUGGAAGUCGAAUGCUUUGGCAGCCAAACGGACUUCCGUAACAGAUUUCAUUCAACUUUCAAGGUACGGCGGUACUGGGGAAAGAAGUGGCCCCAGGAAAUCUGGAUCAGGAUCUUGUUCAAAUCCCACUUGUGAAUCUAUCAGGCUGAGUUUACUUCUGCUGUAGAGAUGAAAGAAAUUCACUGUUUAAAUUAGGUAAAUAUAUACACUUUCGUUCCCUGAAAACUGGAAAACCUAUAUAAGUUGGGGGUUUUUUCCAGUUUUUGCAGCUGGCAGAGUAUUUCAAGACACAUUUGCAGCAAAUGCUACAUUUUUCAGAGGAUACCAUGAGUGUUUCUAGAUACCAUUGUUGUUUCUAGCAUAUCUGUGUUCACAUUCAACUUAAUGUUCCUUUCCCUCCCCUUGUGCAGAGUUAAGAGGUCAGUAAUCCAAUAUUUGUCAUCAAGAGCCUGUCUUUGUAAUGAGCUGUUGAUGGUUAUUGUUUUGAAGCUUAUGUAGCAGUAAAACACUACUAGGAGAGGGAUCUGUCUGCUACCAUCUCUUGGUCAGCCUUUGACUGGGCGAUGGGAAUCAAAAACAUUUGACUCCGUGAUCAACUAAAACCUGACCUUUCUUCUCUCACUUGGGAGGUUGGGAAAAAAUGACCCUGAAGGAGGGACUCAGGGGGAGAGAAAAUAAUUUAGCCCCCAGAUAUAAUGAUUUAUACAUGUCGGAUAUGUAUGGGAAUGUAAAACCUUUCUUUUAAAUAUUUGGCCACUAUUUUCCUUGACGUGUCUCAUUUCAGAGUAUAUCAACAGAGAUUCGCCCCCUGGCUUUGAGGUGCAAGAAAAGAAGUGUUUCUAAGCAACCAACAGCAGCCGCUUCUGGCAUCAGUCAGACUAAACUAGACAACUUCCUUAAGUAACUAUGGAUGUCUCUAGCUUAGACAUAGAUAAUCAGAGGCCAGGAAUUAUCUUCUACAGCAGACAGAACAGCAUGGACCUCAGUGAGCCAGGACAACUCCACAGUGGCACAGCAGCUGCACUCCCCCUGGCUUUGUGUUCAUCUGACUCUUCCCACCCCCCCAACCCCGCAGAUUGAACAUGGAAGAAUGGCUUUGCUGUGCUACUAGACUUUAGGGGAGAAGAGGACUGAGUAGUUUCUGUUCCAGAAUGCCUUCUCUCUCUGCUAUCUUGGAGUACUGUAUUUUAAUCCUGGUAAGCCAAGGAAGCCUUGGCUCCUGUAACUUUGACAGUGGGGAAUUCUACAUCUGAAGAGAAUAUGGCUUGAGAAGCGUCUCCUCAGUAAAAUGCUGCUAUGUUAGCAUCUGUGACAUGGAAACCUUCAUGUAAGAAGAGAAUUAUUAUUUGCAACUGUCAAGUUGCAUUGGUGUCUUGAGUGAUUGGGUGGAAUACGCAAGAAAAGAAUUUAUGUAAUUGAUCUUCUAACAUCAGGGAGCAAGGUCAUGUCUUUGCCAGAUAUGUCUGCUAGAUCUGUUAGCUCUUGAUCCUCAUCUUUGGUGGCAGCACUUAAUGCUCAGUUAACGCUGAAUUUCUCCAUUCUUCUCCCUGAUUUGGGGUAUUUCCCCCCCUUUUUAGGAUGAUACUUUUUGGGAACUGUUUACAUGUUUUUUGUCUCAAGGAAUGUCCUGCUGAAGGUGAACAGAUUCUGUUGUUUUUAUGUAAUCAUGCAAAAUUGAUAGCCUGUCCCUAAGCCUGCAGAUAUUCAUGUUUCUUACUUGAACACCAAGUUCCUCAAUCUCUUAACAUGCCUAAAGUGUUCAAACUAAUUUCAAGCAUUCUGCAGCUUCACAAAAGCAAAUGUUGUCUCACAUAUCUGGCAUUCAAUUGUCACCCUUUUCUCCUUGAGUUAAAGUGUACUGUGUUUGAGAGAUGAAUAUUUUUAGAGGGAACUUGCAAUAUUUGGAUCUGUAUUUUACUUUGAUUUUUGUCCUAGACAUUUCUGCCCACCCCCAAACUGUUGGUGCGAUUUGUCUCUGAAUUUUUUGUUUCCUGCCUUCAAGGACGGUUUUAUAGAGCAUAUGGAUAUUGUUCUUCCAGAGUUAGACUUCUGAUUUCCUGAUGGAAUAGCAAAAUUCAACUAUCAUUUGUAGUUACUGCUGAGUCUAGGCUUAAAGUGGGUUUGCCCCCAAAGUUUUAAGGAUUCAAUCCAUAAAAUGGGGAUUAAAAAAUAUUGCUUAUCUGAAGCAAAUGUCCACUUGUUUCCUUAAAGAGAUUCAGGCAGAAGGGACCUUCUGAGUUGGAGUUACCCUGGUGUUUUGACUCGCAGGGAAAUCUGGUAAAAAGCUUUUGCUGAAUAUCUCCACCUUAACUCCAAAGUUAAGUUGCAAGCUUACCCAAGACAUAAAUCAAUCAAUGAAUGAACUUGUACUUAAAAUUCAUAAUUGUAUUUAUUUUGAAUAAAUGUUGUAUGUGCCCCAUCCGUUAAAAUGU